GAAGCCGCCAGAGGAGAGUGAGGCUGGGGAAGGUGGAUGCUGAGUGAUCUGGGUCUCCGCUGGCGCAGGCUGGCUGUAAUAGCAAGCCUCUUGUUUGCCUGACUGUUGACUGGAGAGGUUGCUGGUCAGUCCGUUUGUCACAGAAGAGAGCUCUGCGCUCAGGAGAGGCUGUGAAGAAGACAAGUUUCCAGUUACUUUUGCCACUGCAGGCUCUGCAAAGCUCCUGUAUUACUCAGUGUUCCUGGGUCCAUUUCCUCCGUCCAAAGAUGCUGGGAACAGUCCUGCGUACAGUGUUGUUCCUGGGAGCCUUGCCAUCACCGGCUGAGGUGUCCCAGGGCCACAUCUCUGUGGUCUUGCUGGGAGCCACAGGGGAUUUGGCCAAGAAGUACUUGUGGCAGGGUCUGUUCCAGCUUUACCUGGACCAAGUGAGCAGUGGCCACAGCUUCACUUUUCAUGGGGCUGCCCUGACAGCUCUGGAGCCAGGGCAGAGGCUGAUGUUCGAUGUGCUGAAGAAGCUGUCCUGCCCCCAAGAUGAGUCUCCCAACAGGUGUGCUGUGCUCAAGGACCAGUUUCUGAAGCUGAGCCAAUACCACCAGCUGAAGACUGCUGAAAACUACACUGUGCUCAACAGAGAGAUUGAGAUGCUUCUUCACCAGGAGGGGCUGAAGGAGGCUGGAAGAAUUUUCUACUUCUCAGUACCACCAUUUGCCUACACAGAGAUUGCCCGCCACAUCAACAGCAGCUGCCGGCCACCUCCGGGAGCAUGGCUGCGUAUAGUGCUGGAGAAACCUUUUGGUCACAAUCUGGAGUCAGCCCAGCAGCUGGCUGCAGAGCUGACGAGCUUCUUCAAGGAAGAAGAGAUGUACCGGGUAGACCACUACCUUGGCAAGCAGGCUAUAGCCCAUAUCCUGCCCUUUCGAGACCAGAACCGGCAGUUUCUGGAUCCAAUUUGGAACCAGCAUCAUGUGGAAAGAGUGGAGAUUGUUUUGAAAGAGACUGUGGAUGCUAAAGGCCGCACCAGCUUCUAUGAGCAGUAUGGUGUCAUCCGUGACGUGCUGCAGAACCACCUCACCGAGGCCCUGAUGUACCUGACCAUGGAGCUCCCAGCCAACCUGAGCAGCACUGAAGAGGUUUUGCAACGCAAGCUGCAGGCCUUCCAGUCCCUGCGGGGCCUGGAGAAAACCAGUGCGGUAGUGGGUCAGUAUCAGGCCUACGCCAGCCAAGUGCGAGAGGAGCUGCAGAAAGCACAGGAUUACAUCACCACAACACCAACCUUUGCAGGUGUGCUGAUUCACAGCGACAGCCUGCGUUGGGAAGGGGUCCCUUUCCUCCUCACUUCUGGGAAGGCUCUAGAUGAGCGGGUGGGUUACGUCCGUGUUCUCUUCAAGAACCGGGCCUACUGUACUCAGAGCGAGACUCUGAGGGAUGCAGGCUACAGCCAGUGUAAAGCCAAGCAGAUCGUCUUCUACAUUGGGCAUGGCGCACUCAACGCUCCUGCGGUGCUUGUGAGCCGGAACCUUUUCAAGCCUGUCAUGCCGGAAAGCGGCUGGAGAGAAGCAGCGGUUCAGCCAAAGCUGCACAUUUUUGGACAACCGCUGUCUGAUUACUAUGUGUACUACCCUGUGAAAGAGAGAGAUGCAUAUUCUGUCCUCAUCUCCAACAUUUACCAUGGCAGAAAGGACUUCUUCAUCACCACGGAGAACCUGCUGGCAUCCUGGGAGUUCUGGACCCCACUGCUGGACAGCAUAUCCCGCCAGCCACCGCGUCUCUACCCCGGUGGUGUGGAGAACCAGCACCUCUUAGACUUUGAAAUGGUUGGAGGGGAACUGGCAUUUGCACUGGCAGAGCCGGUAGAAUUACUGCACCCUGACAAGCCAGCGCCGAGCGGUUACAAAACAAUCCAGUCCAAAUUUCGGCAGAGCCCCCUGGUCUCAACGUGGUCCGAGGAGCUGAUUUCCCAGCUGGCUUCUGACAUUGAGAGGGCAGCCGGCGGAGCUGUGGCACAUUCUGGGCAGUUCCACCUGGCCCUCUCGGGAGGCUCAAGCCCAGUGGUGCUGUUCCAGCGGCUGGCAAGGCACCAUUACGCCUUCCCGUGGAGGCACACCCACGUCUGGCUGGUGGAUGAACGCUGCGUCCCGCUCACCAAUCCUGAGUCCAACUUCUUCAGCUUGCACAACCACCUCCUCCAGAGCGUCAGGGUGCCCUACUUCAACGUCCACCCCAUGCCCGUGCACCUGAACCAGCGGCUCUGUGUGGAAGAGGACGGAGGCACAGAGCUGUAUGCCAAGGAGAUCACAGCCUUGGUUGCCAACGCCAGCUUUGACCUGGUGCUGCUGGGGAUGGGCGCUGACGGGCACACUGCUUCACUCUUCCCCGACUCUGAAAACGGCUUGGAAGGGGCCCAGACUGUGGUGCUAACAGAAAGCCCUGUCAAACCUCACCAGAGAAUGAGCCUCAGCCUGCCCCUCAUCAACAAGGCCAGGAAGGUGUUUGUCCUGGUUUUGGGGAAGGGCAAGCACGACAUCGUCAGCCUGAUCAGCAGAGUGGGCCACCAGCCAAGGAAAUGGCCUAUCUCGGGUGUCCGCCCCAGCUCUGGCCGGCUGGUGUGGUAUGUGGAUUACGAAGCUCUGCUUGGGUGAAGUCUCCCUGGUGUCCCUGCUCCCUUGUCUGCGUGGCUCUCCGAGCUUGGAUUUCCCUGCCCCAUCCCUGUUCCGCUGCAGCCAGCUGCAGCUCUGCCUCUGACAGACUCUUUAACCUGGGCAAUGUGGGCCUGCGGUACCGCCGACCUUCGAGCCCAGAAAGGGGCUCAGAUCAGUGUUCAGAGCCAAACGGGAGCCAAGAGCGCAGUGCGGCGUUUCUGGCUCUGCUAGUGACUCUGACUGUGACUUUGGACAAAUUACCUCACCUUGAAGUGCCUCAGUUUCCUUGUCAGGGCUUUGUGGUUCUCACGUUGAGCUACCUCGCAGGAGCAAUGGGAGACUUGCUAAAUUAAGUGCCAACCUUUUUUUUUUUUUUUUUUUUUUUUUUCCCAGAUUCUCAGGUUAGAAGACAGCAAUAUCGCUGGCUAUCAGAGUGCUGCGCACCGGGGUCCGUAGUCUUGUCUGAGCAACCCACCUUGGUGCGUGCCGGCCACUGACCGCGGCCGUGCUCUCCUGGAAGCACAGACACCCGCCCGCUUUUGCGGCAUGCGGCCCCUAAAUUUUGACGCUGAUUUGUGAGCUCGCUGCAGUCCUGAGUCUUUAUAAAUUGCCCAGAGGCAGAGAACAGAUUUAUCAGCAGUAGUUUGCUGCUUUCCUUAAGUGGAUAGCUGGUCCGUGGGGGGUGCACAGGGAAACCACAUUGCUUUCUAGGCUUUUAGAGUAAUGGCAGCAGGGUGAGCAGGACGGCAGUUCACAGAGCCGUCGUGUGCCUCAGCACAGCGACUGCGGAGGAGGAGCUCGGUGUUUGGAGUUGCUGGGUUUAGCUGACAGAGGAAUGGUGUUUUCCUUAACUGUGAUCCUGUCUCCUUCUCUGAACCAUUUUUUCUUUGCCCUCAGAACCGAAUCUUGCAGUGUCAUUUACUGGCUUAUAAAAUUUCUGCAGCUUUGCAAUGUAUCCAUGUAUACCUCAUCAGAGCACAUAUUAAGGUAGUUAUAGUGUUUGGGGAUGGUGGUGGUGGAAUUUGAGCUCAAGGACACUGUAAGGGGAGGGCGCUUUCUCUCCCCUACAUGUCCCUGGGGCACACAUCACUGAUGCGUUGCAUCUUGGUGUAGCUAGGACAACGUAAGAGGUUUUGAAAUGAAGGAGGGUUGGAGACAUCCAGUCCUACCGAGAAACCCCGCUCUCGCCCUGCCAGUUUUUGCGUUUCCCAGAACGCUGUCACGCAUCGGGUGUCGCUGAGCUUCGGUGAUGCUCUCAAAUGCUCUGUGACCUCCUCCAGAGGGUAAUUUAUCGCAGCAUGCCACGGCGCUGCCCUUGGCGGGGAGAUCCGGACGGCGCAGAUGCGGAGAGGCUGUAGUGGGGGCUAGAGACAGUGACUGUCCCCGGGAAGGCGCCGGGAAGGGCCAGGUCUGCGGCAGGAAGCUGGAGCGUGGACGUGGUGUUGGCUCCCGGUGAAGAGGGUUCUGCGUAGCAGAGGAGCCUACUUCCAGAGGGAUUUCUGCUCGCUUCCUGCGCGUGCCGGCCGUGUUUCACAGAGACGGGGCCCUGUGCGGGUGCCCGGGGUGGAUGCGGCGCAGGGGCGGGCGGCCCGCGGGAUGGCGCCCCGGCCGCACGCAGCAGCAGCCAGCGGUGCGCAGGUCUCAGCAGCGCUGGUCCAAGGCGCCCUGCACAGCCCAGCGGGCUCCGGCGGAAAGUGGGAUCCUCAGGACUCGGGCUCGGGGGUCUGGUGUCUCCCCGGAGGCCUGAAAGUCUGUGGGAUGAGGAGCUGCUUUGGACAGCUGGGAGAUAGGGGUUGGCCUCAAGUCCUUCCCUGUUCGGGGUCUGCUGAGGCUACGUGCAGCAGGAAAAGGCCAAAUUCUCGGGAGUGGCUGUGAUUUUUGGCAGGUUCCCCCCAGCCACUGCCACCGCAGCGGGUCAGGAAAAGCUGCAUUUUGCCUCCUGCUUUUGACUAGGCUGAGAUGAAUUGCGCAUCGCUUUGCUUUCGCAUGGGGAAGCAGGGCGGUUACUGCAGGGUAGCUUUUUCAAAAGCUCGGAUGCACAGGAGAAACGCACGCUUCAGCUGGUCUUGUGCGAUGACUGGGGUGGCUGGUUGUCCAGUGUUUCGGGUGUUCGUGAACUAGAGUUUGCUAUUUUAUAGUUGCAGUCAGGCUUAACUACCAGCACAAAUACCAGAGUGAAAAUAAACCACAGGGGAAAAUAAUAUCAUAAAAUAUGAGGAAGAAGGGGAGUGCUGCACGUUCCGUGGUGCAGAACUUGCCUGUCGGGCGAGUAUGAUGGCGGUGGAGUCUGAGGAGUUAACUGGGACCAGCUCUGUGGAAUAGCUCUCCGGCUUGUAGACACGUGCUAGCAAACACCGGUUCCAAAAUACGCCACAGUGGCUGAAACAGCUGUGCGGAGAAAGAUGUUUUAGGUCUGGUAUGUCCAUAAAUUCAGACAUCGUUUUUCUUCUUUAUACAAAAAUAAUCAUGUUAACUACUUUCCAGUUCUUUUGUAUUUGGUGUGAGGGAACAAUUUUUAAUGAAAAGUAGACUUACAUGAGAAUAAACAUACUAUAAUGAUUGACAAAAUUUAUUUCCACUUUACAAAUGACUGUGGCACUGGCAUUUUCUUGCUUCUGCACACAGACAUUUUAAUACUUGGCUGGCUCUGUUGGAAAUAAGCAGUGAUUUUAGAGAGGUUUGGUUAUACUUUUAAACGAGCAUGGUUGUUUUCUUCUUCCAGCUGUUCUUUUCAGCUGAAAAUAGGGUUCAUUUGGGAGAUCUCUAGUGGGUUACCCCCAAAAUUCAUUCUACUUUUUAUAAAAAUCCAGCAAAAGCUUUUACAUGUGUUUUCUUCAACGAACAUACCUGUAUGGGGUAGGGGUUUUUUAAGAACUGUAUUUUUUUUCCACAGACUUCCUUUUAAACACUUUAAUAUUUAGCAUUUGCCAAAUGAAAAAUAUUUUUAAAUAUAUAAAAUUUGUGACUUUCAAAAGAUAGAUUGCAGAUGGGGAGAAGGGUGUAACUACAACAAAGCUGAUGAAGAAGGAUGGUAGAAAUCCACUGGGCUGUAGGCCAAGGAAGCAGUGCUAUUUUUAUAUUGUAAAAGCUAUUAAUAGAAGGUGAAAGCACCUUGCUGAGAGCUUGUCUAUUAACCUUUCUUAGCAAAAGCGAGGCCAUGGAAUAACGUCAUACACUCAGUUUCUCCCGUAAGUAAUUACUGGUAUCAAUUCUAAUACUUUUAAAGGACAAAUAGAUUCUUCAUUGCAUUCCUAUGAAUCAGUGGUGUGGUUAUUUAUAUGGUUUACAGAAGUCGAACACUGGAAGUCAUUCAUUUCUCACUAACUUUUAUAAAUCAAGCUGUAAGAUCUUAUUUUCCCGUAAGUAAACUUUUGUGAUUCCUUUCAUGUUUUGUGAUGAAU